AUGCAGGACUGGGCAUCCGUGAAUGCUGAGCACAUACAGAGGUGGACGGAGUCAGCCGCGGUAGAUGUCGUUGUUCCUGCUGGACAAUACGACGAUAGCACCUACUGGGAGUACCUUUUGUGGUACCGUCCGCGCAUGCAUGCCACCUUACUCAGCGAACUUGUGGAGCCAGGCCCCAGACCAUUCCUUGAGAACCGUGCCCACCUUCUUCAUAUUGUGAUAGGUGAUGUGACUGAAGAGGCGUACAUGAUGCAUACGCAGGUGGAGCAAGCUUGUGGGGAACCAAACAGGUCAUCAACGCGGAGGGAUCGGAACCCUCUCCGGGAGUACAUGAGGAUGAGAGGGUCCUUCUUCCUUCCUGCUAUACGUGGUCUAGGUGUUUGUGACCCGCGUUGGAGGGGGUAUGACAUACCAGCAAUGGACCCGUUUCAUGCCUCCCACAGCAGGCGCUCGUCCAGUGCUUGUGACGAACCUUCUCCUCCACCUCUAUGUGACUUUAUAGAAUGGCUAGAUAUGGAGCAAAGUGACGACCAGAAGCAGUGGGUCCAAAUGAGCAUGCGGUGGAGGAGGGGAGUGUACGAACGCCGGAAGUACAAGCAACAGCAGGAGAAACUACGGCUUAAGCGUCAGGAGGAAGAGCGCAUGAGGAAGGCAGCGGAGGAGCGCGCCGUGGCUGAAGCUCGUGAGGAUGAGAGGGAAAGAAAGUGGGAGAAGGCCUGUCGCGCUAAGGCUUCGGGCCCUGAUGCUCUGAGGAAGAGUAAAUAUCCUAGCAAUAUUGUACUGGCGAAAAAAAAGAAAAGGGUUCUAAUAAAAAUCACAUCUUUCUCCUGGCGACGCGGCCGCCGCCUCCGCCUCCUCUUCUCUUCCUCCUCCAGUCCCCACCCCUGCUCCGGUCGUCCUCCUGCCGGGUCAUUUCGGAGGUUCCUGACUGGCGGUUGGGGAGUACCAGCCGCCGCCGCCGCCACCGAGCAGGAGGAGAUCAAUCCCCCAAGGAGAGGGGAUCAGUACAGAGGAGGAGGAGCGAAGCACUCCUUCAACAAGAGGUUGCGGAGGAUGGCAACGUGGCUCCGCUACGCCGCCCACAAGUUCGAGUACUCCAUCUCCCUCUCAUGGAAGAAGUAUAAUGUUGGCCAGAUCAACAGUACGGAGCUAACUGAUGCGAUAUGGAAAAACUUCUUCCAAGGCAAGCUCACAUUCACACACUGGACCAAAGGGGGAGAGGCCAUGGCCCCCAUCGUAUCUACAACUGGAGGAACCCUCCUUGUCAGAAAGCUCGCAAAUUUAAGCCCCACACAAGUCUUUGUUGGAGAUGUCGUCUUGUUAAAAGAUCCAGAGAAGUCUGAUGAUUUGAUUGUUGGACGAUUGGCUGCCCUGGAAGGCUACGAGAUGGUCUCUAGUGAUGAGAAGGAUGAGCCAUUUGUACUUGACAAAGACCAAUGCUGGGUACUGGCAGACAAUCAAUCACUAAAGCCAAAGGAAGCUAGGGAUAGCCGUUUGUUUGGACCUGUGCCUAUGACUGACAUCCUUGGCCGAGUGAUAUACUCUUUAAGAACAGCUGUUGAUCACGGCCCAGUCGAGAACAGUGGCAUGGCCAUGAACCAGGAUGCACCAGUUUUGGCAGUAGAGCUUGAUGUUGAAGAGAUGGCAAAGAAUAAUAAGACAUAGAUACUUGAUGCUUUUGACAUGUUGCGGUGUAACUUAUCGUCACUAUGGACUUUGUUAUUUGCAACUUGUUGCUUCAAGUAGAACCUCAAUUGGGAUGUUUGCGGUUUGCCUGUGGAGAAGUCAAUAAUCAUCUUAACAAAUAAUCCAGAGGUUGCUGCACCGUGAUCUGUCCAAUUUUGUGUCAUUAUUUGGUGCUAUCGGUUGUGUGAUUGUAAUACUUGAAUUUGAGAGUAAGGAUUUCUUUAGCAAGGUGAAAAUCAGAGGGAAAUAAAGGCUUCGCAAGUUAUGUUGUGUAUAUAGACAGACGGGUUGUUGCGUCUUGCAGUGUAGUUACUUUGUAAACCAUCAAGAAUGCUGAUAUCGAAAGGAAUAAACACAAAGAAAUUAUCGAAAUUAUCAUCAAA